UCUUUCUCCUUUCUCCCUUUCUUUCGUUCGUUCAGAAAGAAAUCACACAAACCCAGCCAAAAAACCCUAGCACUGUAAGCCUACACCACCGCCGCAAGGAGUGGCAUACUGCCGCCGUCCGUCGCACUCGAAGUUCGCCAUCCGUCCGUCUAUCUAGCUUCCCUCUUGCUCCAAGUCUUCAACCCCUGUUCGCUGUCACCGAUCGCGGAUGCUUCCUCGAGCUCGGCGUCCGUCGUCUUUGUCUGCUCAGCCGCGCUUCCGUCGCCGUUUGUUUGCCGUUCACGUUCGCUUCUUCGUUCAGCUGUCGUCUUCGUUCGCGUUCUUCGGCGUUCACCGUUCGCGUUCACUAGCCGUUCACCGUUCGAGUUCGCAUUCGCGUUCGUCUGGAAGCCACGUUUCUCUGCUUCAAACUCUGCGACCAACCCGCGCGCUCCACCUAGCCGUCGAACUGCUCUCUUUUGUCUUCGCCGAGAAGGGAAUUGAUUAAUUGAGAUUCUGAAUGGACAAGUACGAGAAGUUGGAGAAGGUUGGGGAAGGAACAUAUGGCAAAGUCUACAAGGCAAAAGAGAAGGCCACUGGACAAAUUGUUGCAUUGAAGAAGACACGGUUGGAGAUGGAUGAGGAAGGCGUCCCUCCGACCGCCCUUAGGGAGGUCUCCCUCCUUCAGAUGCUGUCUCAGUCUAUCUACAUUGUACGCCUUUUAUCCGUGGAGCAUGUCGACAAGGUCCCUAAAUCGGCCCCGGCCUCGGCCACCACCAAGCCCCUACUCUACCUUGUCUUUGAGUACCUUGACACUGACCUCAAGAAGUUCAUUGAUUCGCACCGCAAGGGCUCGAAUCCAAGGCCACUCCCUCCUGCCCUAAUCCAGAGUUUCCUUUUCCAGCUAUGCAAGGGUGUUGCACAUUGCCAUAGUCAUGGUGUCCUUCACCGUGACCUCAAGCCUCAGAACCUCCUCCUUGACCAGAAAAAAGGGAUUCUCAAGAUUGCUGAUCUUGGACUUGGACGAGCCUUCACUGUCCCUCUCAAGAGUUACACUCAUGAGAUUGUCACCCUUUGGUAUAGAGCUCCUGAGGUCUUGCUUGGAACCACCCAUUACUCCACUGGAGUUGAUAUGUGGUCUGUUGGAUGCAUCUUUGCUGAAAUGGUGAGAAGGCAAGCUCUGUUUCCAGGGGAUUCUGAGUUCCAACAGCUUCUUAACAUAUUCAAGAUUUUGGGAACUCCAACUGAGGAGCAAUGGCCAGGAGUUACUUCGCUUCGUGAUUGGCAUACCUACCCAAAGUGGGAACCUCAGAACUUGGCGAGGACUGUGCCAACUUUGGGACCUGAUGGAGUAGACCUUCUCACGAAAAUGCUCAAGUAUAAUCCUGCUGAGAGAAUCUCUGCCAAGGCAGCACUCGAUCAUCCUUACUUUGACAGUCUUGACAAGUCUCAAUUUUAACAGCAGAUACUGUCCAAUGCUUUUGUGCAGAUGUUGUAUGUCAAUGAUAGUGAUAUAUGGAAGUAAAUGAAAAUUAACUCCUGGCAUGGAAUUUAAGCAUAUGUGAGAUUGAUGUUGUUUGGUGUUAAGUAAUAGUUUGUCAUCAUCAUCUUGGUGAUAUGAUCAGCUAAGUAGAAACUCUACUGAACCUUUAUCACUCUGUAUUAGGCUGUGCAUGAUCACCAUUGUCCUUGUGUACUUGAAAAAAUGUUUUUAUCAUUGUUGAAUUAAAUGAAGUCUAUUAUAAUGCCAUUCAAAAUGUUAAGCAUAAAAA